UGAAGGGCGACUUCCUUUAACAUUACCCAGCAUGCCCCUUGCUCUCUCUCUUCUUCCGUGCCUUCUGUAGAGAGGGCACGUAAUCUGACGGUAAGCACGAUGGCAGCCCUACGACCUUUAGUGAAGCCGAAAAUUGUAAAGAAGCGAACCAAGAAGUUCAUCCGCCAUCAGUCAGACCGUUAUGUCAAGAUCAAGAAAAACUGGCGCAAACCCAGAGGUAUUGACAACAGGGUUCGUAGGCGAUUCAAGGGCCAGAUCCUGAUGCCAAAUAUUGGUUAUGGAAGCAACAAAAAGACAAAACACAUGCUGCCAUCUGGGUUUAGGAAGUUUCUGGUCCACAAUGUCAAGGAGUUGGAAGUACUCAUGAUGAGCAACAAGACUCACUGUGCAGAGAUUGCCCACAACGUUUCCUCAAAGAACAGGAAGAUCAUCGUGGAGAGAGCGGCGCAGCUUGCCAUCAAGGUCACCAAUCCUAACGCCAGACUACGCAGCGAAGAGAACGAGUAAAUUGGGACAUUAUGCACUAUCAACAGUGUCGUUUAAAUAAAAAAAUAAAACUUUGA